AUGAAUUACGAAACACCUCAUACUCAAAAAAGUUUGCCCUCUUGUAACCCACUGCAUAGGUAGAUCUCUCUCACUACCUUUUUUUACUAGAUACAAAGUCCUUAUUAGCAGCUGUUUCUAUUGGAAAACAGAGUCCCUGUUGAUAGUUAACCAUAAUAGGCAAUCUAAAAGAAAAUAAAGAAAAAUCUUUGCAUUCCGUAACCUCCUACUCUAGUCAAAAAUAAAUUACCUUAAAAAGUGGAUUAGUAGAUCUCAAAAAAUGUGAUAGGUUAAAAUUAAUAUCCCAUGUAAAACUAUCACCCAAUUAUUGAUCUUAUAAGGCAAAAUUAGGAUUUGAAAAAUGAGUUAAUUGAAAUUGAAAAAGACAUCCUAAACUAUAAAAGUCUGGUAGAAGUCAGAAAAAAGAAAUGA